AUGCGCACCCCGAGCUACACGUGGACCGCUCAGCGUGAGCGAAAGAGGAAGGCCGUUGCAUGUGCUGAGCUUGCGCUGCUGUUGGCCUUGGUGAUUCGGUGGUUCAUAGGAGCCACAUUGCUACCAGCAUUGGUAGCGGAGCCUACCUUGAAAAAGGUGAGGCUCGUGCGAGAAGCGUGGACAGUGUGCAGUGCGACCGCGCUUGAGAGAAGUGAGCUGAGAAGAUCCAGGGCAUCGCUGUGCCUGCUUUCUGCCGUACCGGAGUACAACAUGGACCGCCGAGAUCGAGAUACCACUCCUUCCUGGAAUGGCGAAGCUGCAGGAUGGAACGACUACGUCCGGAGGGUCCGCCUCCACUGGGAAAGGACCGCUCCUCGGAAGCGGAAGCAGCUAGGCGCAGAAUUGGCUUCGCGCCUGACUGGCCGUGCUUGGGAGAUCCUGGGCGACCUUGACCAUGGCCGUCUUCAGCAGAGAGAAGGGGCCGCCUACCUGUUGGAGUACCUUGAGGUUCGCUUAGCAAGGUCCCCGAUACCUGACUUGGGUAGCCGUCUCGAGGAGUUUUUGGUGAGGCUGCGUCGCCAGCCGGGAGCUCGCAUGAUACAGUGGUCGACGGAGCUUCGUGAAUCCUACCGCCGGCUGCAGAGAGCUCUUGCGAAGGCCAGGGGCGACCGAUCGCCUACCAAAUCAACGACAAGGAGAACGGCACCCACAGGCACGACGCCAAAGGCUGCUUCACCGAAGUCUUCUGCUGCUGGCUCGGGGCUUCCUAUAGAACGUCGCCGCAGUGAUACCACUGCCGAGCCCGAGCCGCAAGCAGAUCUGGAGCCAGUUCAUCCGGGGGACACCUUGGAUGAGCACCUGCCAGUGGCCGACGAACGCAGCCACCGAGGAGGAGAAGGAUGGACCGCAGAAGAAUGGGAAGCCUGGUGGAACGGGCAGACCUGGGACUCUCCGUCCCGUCGCUGGCGCUUUGGAGGAAGCUGGUGGGACAAAGGCAAGGACGACAGUGAUGACGACGACGGCCCGACGCCUGAAUGGGAGCGCUUCCAGCUGGACGAGAUCGAUGCUUUGCCGUCUGAAGUUCUGGGCUGGCUGUUGCUCCGGAGAGCGGGCUUGCCAUCACAUGCUCGAUUGUCUGUUCUGGCCGCGACCAACAACCGGCUGGACCUCGACCUGGUGGAGAAGGCGCUCAGGGAUCAGGAAGAAGAUCUUCUUCAGGCCGAAGACCGCCGGGGCCCGAGGAGGACUUUCUGGGUGGAGCAAGAGGGCUCGUGGGGCCUUCUCUUGGAUGAGCCGGCCGUGGAAGAAAGCCAGGGUACCAUCCACUGGGUAGGCGACCGGCUUCCCGAGGAAGUCCACCCUGUCUUUGCCACCACGGCCGAGGAAGAGGACACCUGGUGCACCUACCAUGGCGACUCGGAGGUGAACUGGGUCCUCUACGAGAGCGAGUGGUGGACCGAGGACCCCGAAGGCAUAUGGUGGAACUGGUCUGACGCCAAGCCGUGGCUGGAAGUGAACGAGGCCAUGGUGCUGGACCCCUCUGCCGGGAAAGAAAUGCAAGAAGCCUUGACCCUGUACCAGGACCGUGCCCGAACCUUUCGAGAGUCGAGGCAGCUUAUUGCCGCCAAGAACACGGCCCGGGGCUUCUACCCCAUGUCAGCCAAAGGCAGCAAAGGAAAGGGAAAAGGAAAAGGCAAGAGCCACUUUUCCGGAAAGGGCCGUGGAAAGAAAGGUUCUCCACCGGCGUCACCUUCUUCUUCUUCUACGGCGCUGGCUGCUGAAAGCUCCAAGGGAUCGCAAAGGCCAGGAAAUCCAGCAUACACCGGUUGCUUUAUAUGUGGCAGCCGGGACCAUGAUUUUCGAAGAUGUCCCAAGAGGGGCGCUGGAAAAGGAGGUGCCGCUCAUGCUGUCACCGAUGGCUCGUGGCAGGAUCCCACUGCCUUCAUGGUGCAGGGCAUCCCCGACGGUGCCGCGGACAUGCAACCAGAGCUUGCCACAGACUUGCCACCAGAGCUUGCCACAGACUUGCAGCCAGAGCUUGCCACAGACUUGCAACCAGAGCUUGCCACAGACUUGCAACCAGAGCUUGCCACAGACCUGUUGCCAGAGCUUGUCGUGAACCAGCCAUGGGUGUACAUGGUGCAGCCGGGCCUUUCUUCUGUUGCCCCCGAGGACACCAUCGAGCCUCCUGAGCAACCCUUGUGCUACAUGCAUGUUGUGGAUGGGCGGCCUUCCGAGGACACCGCCUUCGGGAACUUCGGCAUGGAAGCUGUGAUGGGCGUGGCGGGGCAAUUGCAUCCCGGCUUUGCUGUUAUAGACAGUGGGGCAACAGAGACGGUCGGCAGCCUGGAAGCUAUCGAGGCGGUGGUCUCAAUGCGAAAGAGGCGCUAUGGGCUUGAGAAUGUCAGGGUGUAUCCAGAGGCGAAACGCAGCUUUCGCUUUGGCAACGCCCAGCAGGAGACCGCGACCUCUUUCGUCGAGGUUCCUCAGACCUUGGGCGGCCGCUCAAUUUCGUUGGGUGUGUUCGCCUUGGACGUUCCCCGCAUUCCGAUCCUGCUGAGCAUCCGCACGCUCAAGAAGCUCGGUGCCGAGAUCAAUUUCCAGCGCAGGACCAUUGUGUUCAAGGCCAUCGACCCUGGAGUGACCAUUGCCCUCCAGGAGAGUGCUUCGGGUCACCUUUUGCUAGACCUAGUGCACGACUGGAUGCGCACACCCAGUGCGCAACAGAGUUUCUCCGGAACCGUCUUGAGCCAGGUCCUGCCCGCAUAUAAGGAGGGUGAGCGCGUCCUGAACCUUGCGGAAAUGCUGAAGGUGAUGAACAACCAGUGGUGGUGCAGAGUGCAGGUGCAGUCACGUCUCAGUUGUCGAGUUCCAGUCUUGAGGACCCCGGAGCCUCUGGAUGGACAGUCCUUGGCCCCAGCGGCCAAGGGCAAGAACGCCCCGAAGGCGAAGGCGAAGACCAAGGGCGAGAAGGUGAAGACCGAGUACGAUGUGAGCCGCAGUGUGGGACCGGACCCACGGGAUCCCAGGACGGCCGGAGGUCCCUGCCACGGCAACCAUGUGCCGAUGAAGCCGGGCCGCGGAAGCCUUUCAGGAGCCAAUGCCCACGGCCGCUGGGAAGUGUGCGAACAUUGUCGUCUCCGCCUGCUCUACGUCCCAGCCUUUGGAUCACACGCGCACUACAGGCAGGCCGGCCCUCUUCCUGUGGAUGCAAAGAAGGCUGUGGAGAUCAUGGAGGAGAGGGUGGCCGCCGGAAAGCCAGCCGCCAAGGAGACUUUGAAUGCCAAGGCGGUGGCUCUUCAAGGGGCGGAGGACUCUUUGUUACGCCGCCUGGAGACGGUGCGCUCCCAGAAGGCCAAGGUCCUGGGCAACAAGCAGGACACCGAGCCGAACGAGGAUCACGAGCACGCGAAGCCGAUCAAGGGCAACACCACGGAGGUUCGCGACGGUUACCCCAAGGACAAGGGCGCAAGGCCGAAGAGCAAAGGAACAGCGCCGCCGCCGAUGGUGGAGAGCAGCUCGGAGGAGUCAGAGAUGGAUGCGGAAAACGAGCCUCAGCGCCUGCCGAAGAAGACCCAGAAGCGUGAGCGCCGCCCCCGAGGGAUGAAUGUGGAUGCAGAUGGCUACCUGGAGAUCGAGGGCGUCCUUGAGGGGGAGCAGGUCGCCGCGAUUCGGGACAGUGUCUCGGGCAUCCUGUCUGCCUUCGAUGCUGAUGUUGCCGAGCUGCCCAAAUCCCGGGCUGGAAUCCACCUGCUUGAGGUCGGCACGUCACGAGCGAGUGGACUGAGGCAGGCUAUCUCUGAUCGCCGCGGGGAAGCUUCACACAUGAGCCCUUUUGAGUUUGACUUUGAGCGGAAAGUUGGCGCUGAUCGGGCUCUCUCUUAUGCUGAUGCGCUGGCCCCACGAUUGCUGUGGGUAUCUUUGCCUUGUGCCGCCUUGGAGAGCCCAGGAGAUGAGGAUCCGACCCAGACCGACGACCAGCGCCGUACCGAGAUGUACCGACGCAAACGUUGCCGGAAAGCCCUCAAGACCGGACUCAGGCUGGCCGAGAGCCAGCUCGACCGAGGCAACCACUUGGUGUGGGAAUGGCCCCGGAACAGUCCAGCUUGGAAAGAACCUGAGGUCAGGAAGUUUCUUGGAAAGAUGGCCAAGAAGGGCAUCAUGAACGCUGUUGUGUAUGAUGACCGCGAGGCUGGAAAGAGCUGGCGACUCGUAACCACCAGUCCCGAGCUUCGAAGGAUGGUGGAGAUGGCACGCCCGGCCCCGGACUCGAGAAGCAGGCGCUCUCCGGCUUCUAUGUCUCGGUCCCUGUCGGUCUCUUCCAGAUAUCCCAUCAAGUUGUGCCGGGCCGUUGCCGAGUUUGCCGUGAACGUUGGGGAGUGGAGUGAGCAGAAACACAUGGAUCAGGUGUUUGGUCUCAGUGAAGAACCUCUCCUUGAGACGAAGCUCAGCCCAGCUGACCGCAAGCGCGCGGAAGCCUUGGUUCAUCGACUUCAUGUUCGUGCCGGUCACCCCUCUGGAAGGACGCUUGCUAAAGUGCUCAGGGCCCGUGGAGCUCAUCAAGAAGUGGUCAAGAUUGCCCUGGAGCACCAAUGUGCCGACUGCCAGGAGAUGCGACUCCCUGACCUGGCACCAAGCGUUUCCCUGCAGCAGAGCGAGGUGCCAUGGAAGGUGAUACAGAUCGAUAAUGCUGAGCUUCGGGUGGAUGACGUGGUUACCCACUUUAUGGUGAUCACCGAUGAGGCGACCCACUUCACCGUUGUGGCGAAGCUGUUUGAUAGGCCUCACCACGAGGGCCGCAAUGCAACGGCUGAGGAAGCCAUCCUGGCGAUCGAGCAGCACUGGACCCAAGCAUAUGGUUUUCCAGAUCGAAUUCGGUGUGAUCCUGAGGGCUGCUUCCGGUCUAAGUUGCUUGAGUCGUGGUGUGCUGAUCUAGGGAUAGAGAUUACUCCGUGUCCUGCCGAAGCUCACCACCAGAUCGGCCAGGUUGAAUCUAUGGUGAAGAAGGUGAAGCAAGAUGCUAUCACUCUCCUAGCAGGACAUCCUGUUGGGGCGCAUCGUGCCUUGCUGCACAGCGCCGCGGCCCACAACACCGUGCACAGAGUGCAGGGAUUUAGCCCAGCCCAAUGGGCUUUUGGGCGAGACUUUGGUGUGGAUGGGCGCCUGUUUGAGAGUGAGCAGGGACUCCCGCUUGUGCAGAAUGCCACCGACCCAGGGCACUCCUUUCACGACCACUUGGCUGUGAGGCAGGCUGCUGAGGAUGUUGCGAGAAAGUCCCAGGCAUCCUAUCAGCUGGGACGGCUUCUCAACAUGAAGUCUCGCAGGAAAGUGCAGUUUGUCCCUGGAGAUCUGGUGUUCUAUCGCAGAGUGCAGCCGCCAUCGGACACCCCUGCUCAUCCCGGUCUCGGCUUUGCUAAGGUUGGCCAAGGCAGAUGGUUCGGACCCGCUCGUGUGCUUGCUUCUGAGACUAGGAGCGACGCUCAAGGCAUGAACCGCAGGCCCACGCAGACGGUGUGGAUUGUGGCCAAUGGGCGGCUCAAGCGGUGCAGCCCUGAUCAGUUGAGGCAUGCAUCGGAGAGAGAGGCCGCCAUUGCUGAGGCGACCGAUGCCGCAACGCCACCGUGGACCUUCCAUAGCUUGCUGCAGACUCUGGAGGGGAGUGGCUUUGAGACCUUCGAUGAUUAUGUGUUUCCCGAGGACAUUGGCAUUUUGCCACAGUUGCCACGAAGCCGCUCCAGAGUCAGGUCCAGGACGCCAGGACGAGAGCAACCAGAGAAGCGGGAACGAAGUGCUCAGAAUCCUGCUCCUCGUGCCCCGGUGAGUGCAGCUCCCAUGGAGCUAGAGAGUGAGGCCAGACAACGAGAGAAGCGAGAACGAAGUGUUCAGAAUCCUGCUCCUCGUACCCCUGGUUCCUCUAGCACGCCUUUGCCGGUGGUGGAUCAGUAUCGUUAUCUGGGUGAUCCUAGCUAUGAUCCAACUUUGUUUCGGUUUCUCAUGGACCAGCAAGCGCAAGAAGCUGCUCAGAGCGCUCCGUUGUUCAAGAAGUCCAAGCCGCCACCGCCUAAGAGCCGGGCCACACCUAAGGGUUCCAGAUCGUCCCAGGACCCUGGACCAGUGCAGUUUGCCGAGCACGACGGUGGCCUGUAUGAGGGGACUGAGUUUCCUGCCGAGGCCUUCGUUCAUGUCGAGCCGGAGGAGAGCAUCAUGUGCGCCAUUGAGCUUCCGGUGCCAGAGGGCGAGAACCAGUGGAAGCGAAUGCGGCGUGACCCUACGGCAUGGAUGGCGAAGGGGCUUCGCAAGCAGGAGGUUCGCUACGGCAAGCUCGAUGAAAAGGGUCGUGAGUCCUUUGAUGCUGCCAAGCAAGCUGAAGUGAACCAGUGGAUCCGUGAAGCCGCUGCUCGAAAGAUUCAGGGAACUGUGUCCAAGGACAGGAUUAUGUCCAUGCGUUGGGUCUUGACGUGGAAAGACUCAGGCGCCGCCAAGGCGCGAAUAGUCAUCGUCGGUUACCAGGACCCCGACCUAGGGUCACUGGUCUCCUCGAGCCCAACGAUGAGCAGAAGGACGCGCCAGCUGCUGUAUCAGCAGUCCACUUUGAGAUCGUGGAAGACGAUGAAAGCUGAUGUUCGGGCUGCUUUCUUGCAGACGGCUCCGACUCAGAUGUCUCGAUGCGUCUUUGCUCGUCCAGUUCCCGAACUGGCAAAGGCCAUGCAGCUGAAAGAAGGAGAGUGCGUUCAGAUUGCCAAGGCUUGCUAUGGGCUGGUGAACGCGCCAGCGGAGUGGUUCCGCGAUAUCAGUCGAACUCUGACGUCUCUCGGCAUGGUCCAGCUCAAGACCGAGCCGUGCUGUUGGAAAUUCGUCAAGUGGGAGAACGGAGUUCCCCGCCUCGUUGGGCUCAUUGCAGCUCAUGUUGAUGAUUUCAUCAUCACCGGAGAUGAGAGUGACUCUGACUGGGUGGCCAUUGUCGGUCGCUUCUACCAGAGUUACCGUUGGAGCCCAUGGGAGGUUGUGGACUACAACCACUGCGGAGUUGCUGUUCGUGAAGGACACAAGGAGGUCAUCAUGGAUCAGGCCAAGUACUGCGCCCAGAUUGAUGAGAUCAAGUUCAAGGCGCGUGGUGACGAAGAGCUGGCGACUCCUGACGAGGUCAGUCAGCUGAGGGCCGCGCUUGGAGCCCUGCAGUGGCGCGCUUACAGCACGGCGCCACAGUUGCUGGUUCAGCUGAGCAUGCUGCAAUCGAGCGUGAACAAGGCGACCGUGAAGGUGCUGAAGCAGACGAACAAGCUUGUGAGGGAGGCCUUCCAUGGACGCUUUCUGCAUAUGAAGGUCACCGAUCUCGACGGCAUCUCUCCGGAACAGGUUACGUUUGUUGCCUGGGCCGAUGCGGCCGUUGGGAACCGACCCGACCAUGGUUCAACAGGCGGCUAUAUGAUCUGUGCGAGCACGCCGGCCAUCCUGAAAGGAGAUAUGGCAGCUGUGACGCCUAUCUCCUGGCGCUCAGCACGACUCAAGCGAGUGGCACGCUCAAGUCUUGCAGCUGAGACACAGGCUGCCUCUGAAGCCGAGGAAGAGCUGAUGCUGAUCCGCAUGCAGUGGAAGGAGAUGCUGGGCUACGAAGUGAACCUGCAGAAGCCUGGAGAAGAGAUUGCCUCGAUCCCUGGCGUCCUUGUGACAGACGCUAAGAGCCUGUACGAUGUGCUCCGAAAGGAGGACUUGAACUCCGCUGCUGGAGGGCUGCACGAGAAGUACAGUGCCCUCGAGUUGCUUUCCCUGUCCGAGAGGGUGCGUGAAGGCCGAACUGAGAUUCGGUGCGCAAUGCGCACCCCGAGCUACACGUGGACCGCUCAGCGUGAGCGAAAGAGGCGGUGCGUCUUCCUAUCCACAGUCCGGGAGUACCCGUCAGUCGGUUGGUCAGUCGUCUCAGCCAUGCUCUGCGGUGCCACAAAGUCUGAGGGUAACUUCAAGACCCUCAGUGAGCGUGUGAUCGAGCUCACGGAGUACCGAGCUUCGCUGUCCAAGCUCAUCUCCCAAGCCGGGCCGGUACCUCAGUGCCAGCAAACUCGACUCAAGGUGAGAUCUGCGGCAGAGACCUCCAUGGUGUGCCUGACCGGUUUCGGAGCAUCGGGCAAGCUUAAGCUGCAGCAGCGUGCCCGGCUCUACAGACAGAAGGCAGCCUUCCAACCGUCUGUGAUGGAGAGGGGGCCGCCAGCUGAGCCGGAAGAUCAAGGACGAGAUGUGGCAGACAUGGAAGCAGUUCAACUUGCAUCAGCCGACGAUGUGCAACAAGGCCCUGCUGAGGACGCGAUGGCGGUGUGGCGGUCCCGCCACCGCCAGUGCAUGAACAUCCUCGUGCGAGAGGAAUGGGAGCAAGAGCGCCGAAUGGAGCAGCUCAGGGAAAUGACAGACAAGCUGCGCGAGGAGACUGAGCGCAGGAUCGAAGCGGAGGACAAAGUUAAAAGCCUCAUAGGGGUACUCGACUCUAUCGGACGUGGGACGAGAAUGGAGGAGUUGGAACUGAAGGUCGCCAGUCUCUCAGUCAAGAGCCACGUCUUGGAGGAGAACGCAAAGAAGCACAAAGAGCAAAUUCGUGCGAUUGUGGAGGAGAAGAACGAGUUGAAGCGCCGUUACGGCGAGCUCCUGACUGACAACGAUCGCUUGCUCGAGGAGAAUGCGAGCUUGAAACAGAAGUGUGAGAACCAGUACAAGCAGCUGGAGGAACUGCACCUGGAGCGCCUUCGAGAGGGCCUCAAGACCAUGCUCGAGAUCCAAGGAAUUGAUUACGAGGACACGUUCACUUCGCGCCCCGAUGCGGAUCCUGUGCUGGAGGAAGCGGCAGAGGGCAGCUCGGUGCUAUCGAGUGCAGAACAGCCGAACAACACGGAUCAGGAAGGCUCUGACUCAGUGCCUACGCCACAGAUUCACCUUCCGGAGCCGGUUGAUCCAACAUUGCACACGGGAGUUCAUUUCCGAGGGAAAACCGCAGAGCAGCAUCGAAUGGAAGACGAGGAGUCGCUGCAGGAGACUGCAAUCGGCUCUUCCCGAGAAGAGGCGGCAGAGGAGAGCUCCAUACUAUCAAGUGAAGAAGUACCGCACAUCAUGGAUCAGGAAGGCCCUGACUCAGUGCCGACGCCACUGAAUCAUCUUCCGGCGCCGCUUGAUCCAACACUGCACACAGGAGUGAAUCUCCUGAGCAGCUCCUUUCUUCCUUUCGGACUUCGGGCUGGUUGGCUCCAAGCAGCCGCAGUCUGA